UUCACGCUCUUUUCAUCAGAUGUAUGAUGCUGUGUGCACUGUGCAAACACUAAUUUUGUAGGCUCAUGUUGAACUUUGUUCGUUUGUACCUGAAGGUUCUGCUCUGACUCCAGACUGUCCACCAUCUGCGGUUCUGCUGCUUACUUCACCUGAGCAAAGAAGAGAUUUUAUUUUGUUUGUGCGUGUUGUUUACAGUACAAACAAAAGUUUUUAUUGUCUUAGAGAUUCUGAGUUCUCUCCUCUCUGCAGGACGGCGUGGAGGAGAGUCACCGCAUCCCCCCGUCUCCGGUCGUCCACGUCCGAGGGCUCUGUGACGCUGUGGUGGAGGCUGAUCUGGUGGAGGCGCUUGAUAAGUUCGGCAACAUCUGUUAUGUGAUGAUGAUGCCAUUUAAGCGUCAGGCUCUUGUGGAGUUUGACAGCGUGGAGAGUGCAGAGCGCUGCGUGUCUUGUGGAACAAGAGAGGCCGUCUGCAUCGCAGAGCAGCAGGCCUUCUUCAACUUCUCCACCAGCCAGAGAAUCACCAGACCCACCAACUCUGACGACCCCACCAGUGGAAACAAAGUCCUCCUGCUGUCCAUCCAGAACCCACUGUACCCCAUCACCACCGAUGUUCUGUACACCGUCUGUAACCCCGUUGGUAAUGUCCUGCGAAUCGUCAUCUUCAAGCGCAACGGGAUCCAAGCCAUGGUGGAAUUUGAGUCAGUGGAGGACGCUCAGAAGGCCAAACUGGCUCUGAACGGAGCAGACAUCUACGCUGGCUGCUGCACGCUCAAGAUCGAAUACGCUCGGCCCAACAGACUGAACGUCGUCCGCAAUGACAACAGCAGCUGGGAUUACACCAAACCGUUCCUCCUGCACCGAGAGCGGGGAAAGGGAAGGCAGCGUCAGGCCAUCUUGGGAGAGCAUCCAUCCAAUGGCUACGGCCCACACUGCCCCCUGCUGCCUCUGCCUGCUAACAGCAGGUACAGGAGGAGCAGUGAGGAGGUGCAGGACAUGGUCUCCUACCCUCUUCUCCUCCCUAAAACCUCCUCCUCCUCCUUCCUGGGCCUCGCAGCCUCCAGCUCAGUUGCCAUGGUGAGCGGCCUCCAUCCCGCCAAGAUGAACUGCAGCUGCAUCUUCAACCUCUUCUGUCUCUACGGCAACGUGGAGAAGGUGAAGUUCAUGAAGAGUGUUCCCGGCACGGCGUUGGUGGAGAUGGGAGAUGAGUAUGCUGUUGACCGAGCCGUCACUCACCUCAACAGCAUCAAGGUGUUCGGCAAAAAACUCAACGUCUGUGUGUCCAAGCAGCAGGCGGUGAUUCCCAGUCAGGUGUUUGAGCUGCCCGACGGCAGCAGCAGCUACCUGGACUUCAGUCUGACCAGAAACAACCGCUUCAGCAGUGCACAGAACAACAGGAACAUCAUCCAGCCGCCCGCCACUGUCCUGCACUUCUACAAUGCCCCGCCCACCCUCAGCCAACACCAGCUGCUCAAGCUCUGUACUGAACACAAUGUUCCUGCCUUCACCAAGUUCAAGGUCUUUGAUGCCAAACCAGCCAGCUCUAAGACCCUGUCUGGUCUGCUGGAGUUUGACAGUAAAACUGAAGCUGUGGAGGCUCUGACCGUCCUCAACCACCACCAGAUCAGAAUACCCAACAGCUCCAAUCCCUUCACCCUCAAACUCUGCUUCUCCACCUCCUCCCAUCUGUGAGACACAAAAGAGAUGGCCGCCACGGGCGCCCAAAGGAGAGGAAGUUUGUUCAUCACAAGAAGAAACGGAUGGACAAAAGAUUCUGAAUGGAUGGACUGUGUUUGUCGCAGCAGGAAGUGAUGGAGCCACGAAGAAGAAAAGCACCUUAAAGACCGCAGUGGACUACAUGAGUCACAGCAAGGACUGAACCACCUCCUUCAAAACUAAAUGAUGUCAGAAGCCUGAGAGGAAAUCUUCUCCCAACUCACCCGGUUCAUUAAAUCACACAUUAAAAAUCAAAUCAAUAAAUGACUUCAUCCUCCACAAAAAGGCCCUGAAUAGAAUUCUGAAGAUAUCAGCUGUAAGGAGAAUUAUUCACAGCGAAGCAGCUUCACAGGGUGGAGGAUCUGUAACAGGGUGUUACAGUAAAAAUACAAAUGUAUGUGUCAUUUUGUUUUAUUUGUUUGAUUUUGUGUUUAAUUUUUUUUAAUUUUGAGUCACACUGUAAAACCUGACAACACAUCUGACAUAAAUUAAUCCUCCAAACAAAUGGGAGUCACUCAUUCACAUUAAACCCAACUCAAAAAUGAACUGUUGAAGCCGAAUUUUAAUUAUAGGCGAUUUCAUUCUUGUUUGUUCCAUUGACUCAUGUGCUUUAAGUUGACUUUAUAUCAUUACAAAAAUCUAAGCAUUAUGAUGCCGCAUACCUUAAAUUUUUUAUGUUGUUUAUCAAAAAUCAAAAGCUCAAUUACACAUCCAAAUAAUUAUUCGGAUUAUUCAGUCUCUCCAGCAUUUUGUGGUCUGAUUGUUGCAGCCUAGAAUUUCACAGCAGCUUUUCUAAAAAACAUUGCGACGCAUGUUUUUAGGCUUUUUUUGCUAUGAAAUCGUGGGAGACUGCUAUGAUCGGUUAAACUGGCAGGAAACUACAACAAUUGGUCAAAGUUUUGGUGAUUGGACAAAAUUGAAAGGUUGCACAAAAUUCACAGGUAGGUUAAAUCUGUGUUCAACUUCCUGGAGGGACAGUUUAUUGCUGUCAGUCAGACAGAGACCUUUUAUAUGUUGAAGGCGUGGACUGAUACCAGAGGGAAAUGAAUAACUGUGUGUGUGUGUGUGUGUGUGUGUAAUUUCUUUGAAAUAUCUUGAGGACGAAUUUUUAAUGGAUGAACUGUUCAACUAUGUUGAGGUGUACUUAUAUAUGAUUUUAAAAGACAGCUGACAGCCAAUCACAAACCAGCUUUCUGUACCUGUGGAUGUUGACGGUAAUAAAAGUUCCGUCCGUAUG